UUCACUGUCACUGACGUUUUGCUUUUGAAAUUAUUUUCCUAAUCAAAUCAAUAAAGCGAACGAAAAGCAAGUUGCACAUUGAGAAGAUGUCGCUGGCUAAAAUAUUUUCAGUGUCCUCCAGAGUUCGGGCUUCUGGAGCGAGUAGUCUGGUGGUAAGACAUGCCCAAUAUAGUACCCCAGCUCAGGAGGGCAAGACGGAGAAAGUUUACCCGCCAACUUCGCCAGGCUACAAAUAUGUGAAUGCUGAGGAUCCUAAUAUGACCAUGAAGGCUCUAACAGACCGGGCUGCACAAACCUUAUUCUGGACAGAACUAGCAAGAGGAUUUGCUGUUACACUGGCUCAUAUUUUCAAGGAACCAGCCACAAUCAACUAUCCAUUUGAGAAGGGACCUCUGUCACCUCGGUUCAGAGGAGAGCAUGCGCUCCGCCGUUACCCCUCUGGUGAGGAAAGGUGUAUUGCCUGCAAGCUCUGCGAAGCUAUCUGCCCAGCCCAAGCUAUCACAAUUGAGGCCGAAGAGCGUAAGGACGGCUCACGACGAACCACGCGCUACGACAUCGACAUGACCAAGUGCAUCUACUGUGGCUUCUGCCAGGAGGCGUGUCCCGUCGAUGCGAUCGUCGAAGGACCCAACUUCGAGUUCUCGACGGAAACUCACGAGGAACUGCUUUACAACAAGGAGAAGCUUCUAUCGAACGGCGACAAGUGGGAGAGCGAGAUAGCAUCUAACAUCAGAGCCGACCAUCUUUACCGCUAAUUAUAUUAUUCUUUCCGUUAGUGUAAAUAGCGCGUCAGAGACCUAUUUUGAGCUAUCUAUCAACAAAUAUGUUGAUUGUUCGCUGUGAUACCAUCUUACUAACUUUUUAGGCAACACUUGAAAUUGGGGAGCCAAGACGCAACAACUUGCGGUGGCAAUGGCCACGGUUCUGCUAUAAGAAAAUGAAAACUAUAAAUAAUGAAAAUUGUAACAUUGGAGUAAUCAUGUAAAGGCAAGAUAGCACAAAAUAGGCCUUAGAUAUAGAAUAUUAAAUUAAAUUGUUUUUAUGAUAAAUAAAUCAAUGUCAUCUCAGUUGA